AUGGACCAACGAGUUGGGGCUUCCUGGAUGCUCAAGGAUCAGAAUUGGGCCAAAAUCGCCCAGGCCGGCACAAUUACGUACGUGAUCUACUAUGUCUGCUACGCCUUGUACAUGGUCACUCUCAGUCCAAAGGCUAAGAUCCCCGGUCCUCUUCUCCGCAAGUUCUCAUACCUUCCCUGCAUUCUUGCUAGCUUUCGAGGUCUGGAAUCUCAUGCUGUUCGGGAUCUGCACGCUCAAUAUGGACCAGUGGUGCGGGUCAACCCGGAGUUGGUCUCCUUCACGGCUCCAACAGCCUGGAAGGAGAUCUACGGAUACCCCGGUGUGAAGAAGUUCAAGAAAUCGGGAUACCGCCAGCUCCGUCCGGGUGUACCCGACCUCCUCACGGCGAACGGUCCAGAUCAUGCCCGUCAGAGGGCUGCUCUGAGCCGAGCCUUUUCUGACCGGGCCUUGCGUGAGCAGGAGCAUUAUUUCCAGGAGCAUAUCGAUCUGUUUCUCACCCGGAUGGAUCGGCGGUGUGAAAGCAAGGAGAGUCUGGUCAACGUCGGCCAGUGGUUUGAAUUCCUCGCGUUCGAUAUUAUCGGGACCCUAGCCUUUAGCAGCUCGUUCGAUUGUCUCCUGAAUGAGGACUACCAUCCUUGGGUGACCUUGCUGAUCAAUUUCUUCAAAUCGACUCACUAUUUCCUCACGGCGAAGAUGCUCGGCAUUUUCUUCCCCGUUGCCCUUGUUGUGGGUCCGAUUCGCCAUCUUCUCAAGGGACAAGAGCACCUACGGCGCAGCUACGCCAAGGUGCAAGAACGAUUAAAGCUGCCCCCCGACGGCGCUCGACAUGACUUCUGGACAUAUAUCAGCAAGUAUAACUCGGAGCACGAAGCGUCUUUGUCCAUGUCCAUCCGGGAGAUGGAGGUCAACGCAGCGCUCAUCAUCCCCGCCGGCAGCGAUACGAUUGCCUCAGCGCUUUGCGGCACCCUUUACCUUCUGCUCAAGAACCCUGCUACACUGGCUCGGUUGCGCAUGGAACUCGACACCGCCUGUCCACGGGAAUCGGACAUCACCAUGGAUCGCCUCGCCGGGCUGCCUUAUCUCCGCGCCGUCAUCAACGAGGGCUUGCGCAUGUACCCGCCGCUGCCGUCAGACCUGCGUGCUGUCGUUUGUGGUCACUUCAUUCCCGGUGGGACAAUCAUGACCGUCUAUGCCCUGGCCGCGUACGAUAACGACGCCAAUUUCGCUCAGUCCCGCGUUUUCGCCCCGGAGCGAUGGUUAACGACCGACGAGCGACCCGAAUGGACGCGUCAGGAUCAUUUGGAGGUUUGUCAACCGUUCUCGGUCGGGCCACGCAAUUGUAUUGGGAUGAACCUCGCCUAUGCAGAGACAAAGCUCGUCCUGGCUCGGCUGUUAUUCCGCUUCGACGUGAAGCUAGCUGAUGAUGCAUUCGACAUCUCCAAGCAACGCGUGUACAUCAUGUGGGAAAAGCCACCGCUGAGAGUGCGUUUGAGUCGGAGGUAG